GUUUGGCUUUUCAUUCCCUUGCUGCUUCUGUAAGGCGGGGCCUCGGCGCCUCCCACCUCGACGUCGGACAACUCCUGCCCUCUGUCCCGAAUAUACGCUGCUCCAGGUCAAGGCUGUACGCUGCUCCCGAUCUCGCCAUGGUUUCUGGACCAAAUUCAAAGUAUCCGUGCCUCAACCCCGCUCCUGGCCCCAGCCCGCGCGAGCAUGCAACCGCGACUCGAUACCUACAACCGCAGCGACAAGCAUGCGCGAGCACCGUCUGCGCCCUCAAUCCCUUCGCAGGAACUCGCGAGACCCUUUCUUGGGCACCGGCAUCUGCCCCUCAAGUUUGCGCGCCGUCAUCACCUUCACCCACCCCACCUGGGCGAGGCUAGACAUGCGCACUACAGGGACAUGCAGAGAGUUGCCUUGACGAAUGCCGUGCGCGAGUUCGAGAAGGGCCUGGGGCUGUGCUGCCACAUAGCGUGCCUCGAGAUUCAGAAUCAGCUGCUGAUUGUGCGAUACUACAGCCAGAGUAAAUUGUCCCAGCAGGAGCUGGCCGAUCUGCAGAAAGCAACACACUUCGACAAGAAAGAAUUACAGCAAUGGUACAAAGGCUUCCUAAAGGACUGCCCGUCGGGUAUGCUCACCAAGGAAGAGUUCCAGAAGAUCUACAAGCAAUUCUUCCCGUUCGGCGAUCCGUCAUCGUUUGCAGACUAUGUCUUCAACGUUUUUGAUGCAGACAAGUCAGGCACAAUCGACUUCAAAGAAUUCAUCUGCGCGCUGAGUGUCACCAGCCGUGGCAAGAUGGAGGACAAGCUGGAUUGGGCGUUCCAGCUGUACGACAUUGAUGGCGACGGCAAGAUAAGCUACGAGGAGAUGCUGGCCAUUGUAGAGGCCAUCUACAAAAUGGUUGGCUCCAUGGUCAAGCUCCCAGAAGACGAAGACACACCCGAGAAGCGCGUCAAGAAGAUCUUCCGGAUGAUGGACAAGGACGAGAACGGUAGCUUAGACAUGGCUGAAUUCAAGGAGGGUUCCAAGCGCGACGAGACCAUUGUUUCGGCCUUGUCUCUCUACGAUGGUCUUGUUUGAAGAGGAGGGUUGAUACCCAAGGUCGUUUCCUAUUCUUGUUUCGUUAUAGUCGAUAUCACAGCGCAUUUGUGG